AAUGAUUCCAAUUACGGAUCCGAGGAAAAUACUGUUUUGAAAACGGAUCACCUUGUCAGUGGGACCAUGCCACUGCAUUCGCCGUCCACAUUUUCAGAUCCAAAUUACGCGCCUGCUACCCACGGCCCAGAGCUGAUCCGACCACCAAGUUUAGUUACUCCACUCAUGUCAUACACUGUGUCGCAGGACAUGAAUCUCAACUUAUCUGACCUACAUCCCAAGCGAACUGCUGGUUCCGUUGCCCCUUGUCCGCCUGCACUGCAUUUGAUACAGCCUCAGCACGAUUGUCUACCGCCUCCCGGGCAGUCUAGGACUCUUCUUCCCACGGAUGCUGCAUUACACUCUAGCUGGAUCAAUUCCAAACCCUUACCUCCGUGUCCGGCACACUUGUCCAUGGUAGCACACACGAACGGAUUGUUGGGCCAGUUCUCAUCUAUGACACUGUCUAAUGCAGUGAUGGGAUCUUAUAUGGAUAAUCAGAAUUUGCAACCUCUGGGUACCCUUUUCCAAAGCACCAACAAUGCACCGCUACCGAUUCUCAUGCCUGGAAUUCAAUCAUCGAUGCUUCAACGGGCCAUCCGGCAUGUGGUUCAACAUGGCAUCACCAAUGAACGCGAUUUUCUCGUGUAUCUCGUUUAG